UUUAUUUUGCUGUCACUCAAUGAAGCAUCGAAUUGCAUCGUCUGAGAACUUUUUGGACACCAAUCGCGAUGGCCUAUUCGAGAGGAUUUCCGCUGAGGCAUUCGACUGUAAGGCGAGUGCAACCGGAUGUGAUGCCAUUAUGUGGCAAGGUUGGUCGCUACACUAACAAGAUGCAUUACAUCAAGAAGUAUUUCCUGAGGGAAUUGCAGCAACAGCAGUUCGCCAUUGACUUCAUGAAACCUGUGGACACGGAGCUGCUGAAUGUGCCCACCUACUAUAACGUAAUAAAGAGGCCAAUGGAUUUGGGCACCAUUAUACAGAGGCUGGACAAUAGAUACUAUCAAACGGUGGAUGAACUAAUUGACGAUGUCAAAUUAAUCAUCUACAAUUGUUACACCUUCAAUCGACCAGAUGCACACGUCUAUCGGAACUGUCAGAGACUGGAAACAUUUUUGCAGAAUGUGCUCGCCAAACUUCCGGGUGGUGAGGAGGUACUCUCCACCAAGGGUAGGUGCGAGAAGUCCGUAUGCAAGCGUCAGUGCAAUCAACGGUUACUCGCUCUUGAGGAUGACACAGUGCAGCUCGAAUCGGAUGCUCAGCAUUUCUUUCACAAAAAGUGGUUGGCUUUGUGUGAAGAUUUGAGCGAGAAUAACAUCGGAUCGCUGGACGACUUUGAUACACAACUUGCAAGCUUGCUUAAGCAGUGUCAGGAUCAGGCAAAUUGCAUCCAGAAAACAUUCAUUCAGCGCAAUGUGGAGGACGAGAUGGACACUCCGGCUAAUGGGUACAGAACUGAGGAACGAGAGCUGCAAUGCUCGAAGCCAGAGUUCAAUUGGGAGGAUAGUCUGAUCGAUGCUCUCGACAAUACGAGCAUUUGCCUCAAAAAGGAUAUGGUCCGAGCACGCCUGCAUUACAGAACGGCUAAGCCGACAUACAGUAAGAUACUGCUGCCGAUGUUCGCCAAUGCUCAAGUGAUCAGUGAAGAGCUCUGCUCCCAGACGAUUCUGAGCGACUCCGAUGAGGAGACAGACGAUUCGCAGCAGCAUUUUGCAAGCGAAGAGGAACGUCUGGCCAUUCAGCAACGCUACUAUCUGCUAUCUCCGGAGUCGAAGAUUGCCAUUAUCCACAUGAUUGAGCAAUCUGAUAAAAGUUUUCCGAGUAAUAGCGACCAAAAAUUCAAUAUUUUGUUUUUUAAACCGGAAACGGUGCGCCUCAUAAGGAAGGCCAUAGAUGAUGCCGUGCGCGUUGAAACCACACAAGUGGGUUUUCCAACGACCACGCAGCAAAUGGCCAUUGCUAGCAACAAGGCUGGAGACGAACGCUCUGAACAGCAGCAGCAGCAGCAGCAGCAGCAGCAGCAGCAGCAUCAGCAGGAAUUGUCUUCAACCGAUUUUCCUCGCUCGUUUGUCGACUAUGCUGGGGAAUGUGAGCAGGCAGUGGAUACAAAAGAUUAUCCUUGGUUGCCCGAUGACGAGGUAAGCGAAGAAUGUGACGAGGAAUGUUCCGAGCAGUUGCAGCAGGCAGUAACUCCAAUGAAAAAUCCUUGUAGUCCCUUAGGGCAUAGGGCACAGCAGAGAUCGGAUAGCUUGCCCGGUAGCAUCAAGGAUCGAGGCAAUAUUUGUGAAGCCUAUACAAAAAGCUGCAUUAAGGAUAAUCUGUGCAAGUAGCGCACAUAUUAUGAUUGACUAAUUUUUCAUCAUUUCAAUAAGAAUUAUGACCAAUAUAUAAAUAUAUACUCA